UCGCCUUUGGAGUCAGGAGAAGAACCUUAUUGUCCAGAAACAGACAAUGGAGGGGCUGACAGUGAAACUGGAGAAGGGUCAAGUUUAAGUGAAAGUGAAGAAUGGUCAGGGGCAAGUGAAUGUGAGGAAAGUGAAAGUGGAGAGAAGCAGAAGACAUUCAGCUGUCCGCAUUGUCACUACGAAACAGUGCACAAGCGGAUGAUGAAAAGACACGCAAGAAGCCACAGAACUCACCAGUGUGAGCAGUGCGACUACUUCACGUCACAAAGGGCGAGACUGAAACUUCACAUGACCGUGCACACUGGUGAGAAACCUUACCACUGCGGCCACUGCGAGUUUUCAUCGGCGAGGAAAAGAAGUCUUUUCAGACACGUUAGGGUGUUGCAUGGCGGUGAAAGACCUUAUCAGUGUACGUACUGUGAUCAUUCUACGGCACAGAAAGCUCAACUUAGGAACCACAUCAUGGCGAAACACACCAACUCCAAACCACAUAAAUGCACGCUGUGCGACUAUUCUGCAGUAGCAAAGAAGAGUUUGAAGCUCCACAUGGCAAGCCACACCGGAGAGAAACCUUACAAGUGUGAGCUGUGUGCUUACGCAACCAAUCGGAAGACGAAUUUGAAAAUGCACUUGGCCACACACAGUGCCGACAAACCAUUUAAGUGUGAAAUUUGUGACUAUUCCGCAGUCCAGAAGACAGCUUUAAAAAUACACAUGGCCAAACACUCAGCAACUAAGCCUAAAAUUAGAAAAGAGCCGAAGAAACACAGCUGCCCGCACUGUGAAUAUGAAACGAUAGAUAAAUCUGCGAUGACAAAACACAUCAGGACUCACACUGGUGAGAGACCGUUCCAGUGUCAGCAGUGCGUCUAUUCAGCAGCGCAGUCGAGUUCGCUGAGAAACCACGUCGCAUCUAUGCACACUGCACAACAGUCGGGUCACCUGAAAGAGCACAUCAUGGCGAAACACACCAACUCCAGGCCACACAAGUGCACCAUGUGCGACUAUUCUGCAGUAACCAAAAAGAGUUUGAAGUUCCACAUGGCAAGCCACACCGGAGAGAAACCUUAUAAUUGUGAGCUGUGUGCUUACGCCACCCAACGGAAGCAGAAUUUGAAAGUGCACGUGGCCACACACAGUGGCGAUCGUGAGAAACUUUAUAAAUGUAAAGUCUGUGACUAUUCUACUGCAGUCAAGUCGAAAUUAAAAACCCACAUGGUCACUCACACUGGUGAGAAGCCAUACAAAUGUGACCAGUGUGAUUAUUCAGGUGCCGACAGCCGUAGUUUGAAACUUCACAUGGCCAUUCACACUGGAGAGAAACCCUUCCAGUGUGAACACUGCAACUAUUCCACAGUGCGACCAAAAGAUCUGAAGCGGCACAUGGCCAGACACACUGGCGAGAAACCGUACAAAUGUGAACUUUGUGAUUAUGCUACCGUGCAAAUAAGUCACUUGAAGCGUCACAUUACCACACAUACUGGCGAAAAGCCGCACAAAUGUGAAAUUUGUGACUAUGCAGCGGCACAAAUUUCAUCUUUAAAAGAGCACAUGGCUAAACACACCGGUGAGAAGCCUUACCAGUGCGAGGAAUGCGACUAUUUUACAACCAAGAAAGCAAGCUUAACGAAACACGUGGCUAAACACAGGAGUGAGAGGCCAUACAUGUGUGAGGUGUGUGGUUAUGCCGCCAAAACAAAGUGCGCCUUGCAGCAGCACAUGGCCACACACUUGCGGCCUUACAAAUGUGACCAGUGUGACUAUUCUGCAGCACAGAUCGCUCAUUUCAAGAUGCACAUGGCCAAACAUGCCACCGAAGAAAAAGUGUCCAAAGAAAAAUAGAAGAAAUGUGCUAAUAACAAAGCAACUUCAACGAUAUUGUCUUUUCUUGUAAAAGGAAAUAUUUUCAACCUUGCAAAGGGAAGAUAAUCGUUGUGUUGAAUAGAAACAGAUGACAAACAAGACUUCGUAUGUUGCUUCGUGCAAUGUCGUAUUUGAGGACCUUUGAUUUUGAAAAAUAAGAACAUUUGAGUUUCAGCUUCCGCACAUUUUGUGAACAUUUCCAGAUCGAACACUAUGUUAUGUACAAGGGGAUAAAACAACAAAAGGUUACCUAGGGAUGUAUCGGGAAGGAUUGGGGACGUGUGAAAAUGACAAGAUGUAUCUGAGUUCUUAGUUUGCACGGUAAUCUGGGC